CUCAUUUUUUCCAUCAAAAUCUCCGGAUUAUAAAGAAGAAAAACACACAACACAUACAGAUCAAACGAAAAAUAGCUCAUCUUAAGUUCUUCACUUCCGUAAACGAUUCGAGUUUCUUCUUUGAAGCAAAACGUCGAACACCUGGUGUGCAAUUAACAUGACACCACCAAAUGCGAACAUGGACACCGCUAAACACCAAUUCUUGCAGGAAUUCGGUGAUUCCUACGGUUAUCCAAACGCCCCCAACAAUAUUGAUCAUAUUAGGGCUACUCAAUUCAAAAGACUUGAUGGGAGUGUGUACUUGGAUCAUGCUGGUGCAACUUUGUAUUCUGAGUUACAGAUGGAAGCCAUUUUUAAAGAUCUUUCCACCACUGUAUAUGGCAAUCCCCAUAGUCAAAGCAACUCUAGCUUGGCCACCUCAGACAUUAUAGAAGAUGCCCGUCAUCAGGUUCUCAAGCUGUGUAACGCGUCUCCAAAAGAAUAUAAAUGCAUAUUCACUUCAGGGGCAACAGCAGCUCUUAAACUUGUUGGUGAGGCUUUUCCUUGGAGUGAUCAUAGCACUUUUAUGUAUACAAUUGAGAACCACAACAGUGUUCUUGGGAUUAGAGAAUAUGCUCUCAAUAAAGGAGCCGCAGCAUUAGCAAUAGACUUUAAGGAAGCUGCAGAGUCAUCUGUUAUAAAGGUUUCACAUCAUCCUAUACAAAAGAGAAGUGAAGCUACGGUUUUGGACAAACAACCGACUGGUGAAAUAUACAAUUUAUUUGCUUUCCCUUCCGAGUGUAAUUUCUCAGGAGUGAGGUUUAACCUCGAUUUGAUAAACAUAGUUAAGGAAGAUUCAGAGAAAGUAUUGGACGGUUCGCAACAUUGCAGGGGAAACUGGAUGGUUUUGCUUGAUGCUGCAAAAGGGUGUUCUACAGACCCUCCGGAUUUAUCAACAUAUAAGGCGGAUUUUGUUGUUAUAUCGUUUUACAAGCUUUUUGGAUAUCCAACUGGACUUGGAGCUUUGCUAGCUCGAAAUGAAGCUGCAAAGUUACUAAAGAAGAGCUACUUUAGUGGAGGCACAGUGGCUGCAUCAAUUGCUGACAUCGACUUUGUGAAAAGAAGAGAAGGUAUUGAAGAAUCAUUCGAAGAUGGAACGCUGUCCUUCUUGAGUAUUGCAGCCAUUCGCCAUGGAUUUGAUAUUCUAAAUACGUUGACUCCAUUAUCCAUAUCAAGGCAUACAUCAUCACUUGCAAGGUAUACAAGAAAUACGCUUUUGGCAUUAAGGCAUGCGAAUGGGCAAGAGGCUUGCGUAAUAUAUGGGCUGGAAUGUUUAAAGGCAGCUUACAGCGGACUUGGACCUAUAGUUUCUUUCAACUUGAAACGGGCUGAUGGUUCUUGGGUUGGCCCUCGUGAAGUCGAAAAAUUGGCUUCUUUAUCUGGAAUUCAGCUACGGACAGGAUGCUUUUGCAAUCCCGGCGCUUGUUCCAAGUAUCUUGGUUUAUCACAUGCAGAUCUUCUAUCCAACAUUGAGGCAGGACAUGUUUGCUGGGAUGACCUUGAUAUAUUACAUGGAAAACCAACCGGAGCUGUUAGAGUGUCGUUUGGUUAUAUGUCAACAUUUGAAGAUGCAUGGAGAUUCAUGAACUUCAUUGUAACUUCCUUCGUCUUGUUACCUAGCAGUACAUUGAAGUCCAGAUCUAUCCAGUCUACAAAUGAAGGUGGCAAGACGACACCAGAACGUUAUCUUACAUCAAUUGUUGUGUAUCCAAUAAAAUCAUGUGCAGGAUUCAAAGUGGACAGCUGGCCUCUAAGCAGCACUGGAUUGUUAUAUGAUCGAGAAUGGCUUCUCAAAAGCAUGAAUGGUGAGAUUCUUACACAGAAGAAGGCACCUGAAAUGAACUUUAUCGCUACAAAGAUUGACCUCAAAACAGGAAUACUUUAUGUGGAAUCUCCUCGGUGCAAAGAGAAGCUACUUAUCGAACUUAAAUCAAAUUUAUCUGCCGCUGUAGAAGAAAUCAACGUACAUGCCCAAAGAUAUGAAGUUAUCGGCUACGAUAACAAGAUCGACACAUGGUUUAGUAACGCGGUUGGCCGGCCUUGUUAUUUGUUAAGAUCUAGUUCCAGAAGCUGUACCCGUUUGAACAGAAACCAAAACCCGAGCAUAUGCAGAGACAUAAAGACCAGAUUGAACUUCGUUAAUGAAGCUCAGCUUUUAUUGAUAUCCGAGGAAAGCGUAUCUGACCUCAACCAGAGAUUAAAUUCAAAAGAAGAGUCUGUUGAAUCACCUAUGGAAGUCGAUGCAAUGAGAUUCCGGCCCAAUCUUGUAAUAUCUGGUGGAGCGCCAUAUGUUGAAGACAGUUGGAGUGGUCUUAAGAUUGGAAAACAUCACUUCACCUCGUUAGGCGGCUGCAAUCGUUGCCAGAUGAUCAAUUUGAAUUAUCGAGCUGGUGAGGUAGAGAGAUCAAACGAGCCUCUAGCUACUUUAGCUGCUUACAGGAGGACAAAGGGGAAAAUAUUGUUUGGAAUUUUACUGAGAUAUGAGCGCGACAAUGAGACCGAGGAGGAAACAUCUUGGGUUCAUGUGGGACAGGAAAUAUACCCUGAUGCAUGAUGAUUGGAUGACUUUUGUACAUGUAAUGUUUUUUCCAACUUUUAGCAAAGUUCAAAUCCAUAAUUUGUAGAAAUUGUGAUAUAAUGUAGCGAGGAGUCGUAUGUGGUAGGGGGUUUCAUAAACUGUCCACACUGAAUAAAAUCGGCCGCUUUGGAAUACAUUCGGUCUGGUUCAGGGUUAGGUUUUAACGGUUUGGCGGUUUAUGGAACAUGGAACCAGCCAUGUAAACAUAACUGGUUAUUUAACAUUUAUUUUAUUUUUUUCAUUUUAGGAAUA